AUGGGUGCUGCCGGUGGUGGUUGGUCUAGCGAGGCCAUCAAGCAUGUCCCCCUCCCGGCCAGAGGAAUCUACAUAUGGCUCGCCGCCAUCUGGGCCUCAUACAGUGGAGGUUUGCAUGGCUUCAACACUGCAAACAUAUCUGGAACCAUGGGCUUGAAGCCUUUCGUACGAGACUUCGGCUGGGGAGAUCUCUCUGACUCAACAGUAUCAAAUUACGAGGGCUGGGUCGUUUCCUCGAUGCUUUUGGUUCGUCAAUCAUCGCCUUGUUCGAGUUUGUGUCCAUGCCAAAUGCUAAUAUUUUUUUCAUAUCAGGGACAAACUGUCGGUGUUCUUAUAGCCGGCCCUCUUGGAGAGCGACGUGGUCGGAAAGCUGUUAUCAUGCUCUCUGCUAUUCUUUACACCAUUGGAGCCAUCCUCAUGGCUGCAAACUUUGGAUCGUUGGCGGAGCUGCUGGUAGGAAGAAUCUUCUCGGGAUUAGGCUCAGGGGCUGGAAUGGUUGUCGGGCCAAUCUACAUCUCGGAGAUCGCACCUACAGAAAUGCGUGGAAUGAUGACCACAUUCUACAAUAUCAACAUCAUGGCCGGCGUGGCUGGAAGCUACUGGAUCAACUUUGGCUCCCUCGAGCAGAUCGCUGCUGAGAAUAGCUGGCAAUGGCGCACUACCCUGGUCCUCCAGCUCAUUCCUUCAGUUGUGCUCUUCAUUGGCUAUGUAUUCUUCCCAGAAAGCCCACGAUAUCUGAUGAUGCGAGGAAGAACGAAUGCAGCACACGACAGCCUGUCUCGUCUUCGUGGGUUGGAUGAUAGCAGUCCAUACUUUGAGAGCGAGUUCAACGAGUUGAAGGGCCGGUUCGAUGCCAGCGCUGACAGCCAAAGCGCAUUUGCAUCUUUCAAAUCUCUACUGGGCUCCUGUGUCACAGACCCCCCUACUCGCAAGUUGCUCUUGUUCGUGAUCAUAAUCCAAACUUUCUUCAUCAUGUCGGGUGGCAACUCAAUCACUUACUACGCACCCACCAUUCUGAAAUCGAUUGGGCUCGACUCCCAGCAACGACUUCUCUUCUCAGCAAUCUAUGGCAUGAUCAAGGUCGCCAGUGUCUUCCUAUACGCAUUCGUUCUGACCGACCGCUUCGGUCGUCGACCCCUUCUGCUCAUCGGCUCAACCAUCAAUGUCAUCUGCCUAUGCUAUAUUGCAGUGUAUCUUGGUGUUGCCGAUCUGUCGGGCUCGGAUGAUCCAUCAGCAGCUGCCUGGGUUGCAAUCGUUGCAAUCUGUUUCUUCGCCAUCGGCUAUGGAUUUGGCUGGGCACCAGCGUUCUCCUUGACAGCAUCGGAGAUCUGUCCUACCCCGAUUCGAGGCACCGUGGUGACUAUUGCUUUUGUAUACCAGAACUUGCUCAAUUUUGCCAUCACUCGGGGCUUCCCGAAUAUGACAACCGAUAUGCAGGCUUGGGGACCAUUCGUGCUCUUCACGGCAUUCACUUUUGUCGCUACCUGCUGGGUCUUUGUUGCGUUCCCUGAAUGCAAGGGCCGGAGCAUGGAGAAAGCAGAUACCCUCUUCUCGAUGCCUUGGUACAAAAUUGGGUUCUCAAAGGUUCCGGACACUAGUGAGGUCUUGACGACUGGGGCCGAUUUGGAGAAGGCAACAUCCAGCGAACACACCGAACAUAUUAGUUUGGAAGACAACAAGCGACGUAAAGAAGAGAUGUGA